GCGCGCGCAGCCUGGCCCGCGGUCCGUCCGUCCGUCCGUCCGUCGUCGUCUCCGGCUUUCUCCCGCCCCCUGCCCGCGUCUGCAGAGGUCGCGGGACGCGGGGGCCGAGCUCGCGGCCGCGGCGGCAGCGGGAGCGGCGGCUGCGGCUUCGCAGAGCCCCCGAGCCCCCAAGGGCGAGAGGAGCGCGUGGCGGAGCAAGGAGCCCGCGAGCGGUCGUGCGCCCGCCCAUAGGUGCGGGGCCCGGAGCCGCCCCGCCUGCGCGGCCCCGCCCCCCGCCCCCGCCGCCCCCCGCCCCCCGCGGCUGCCUCUGCCGCCCCGGCGCGCGCCCGGCACUCGGAGAGCCGCAGCGGCAGCGGCGGGAGCAGCAGCGCGGAGCCGGGCCGCCGACCGCAGCGGGAGCGCACGCCGGGGCGCGCCGCCCUCGCCGCCAUGGCCCGCGGGAAAGCCAAGGAGGAGGGCAGCUGGAAGAAAUUCAUCUGGAACUCGGAGAAGAAGGAGUUUCUGGGCAGAACCGGCGGCAGCUGGUUUAAGAUCCUUCUGUUCUACGUGAUAUUUUAUGGCUGCCUGGCUGGUAUCUUCAUCGGAACCAUCCAAGUGAUGCUGCUCACCAUCAGCGAAUUCCAGCCCACGUACCAGGACCGCGUGGCCCCCCCAGGAUUAACACAGAUUCCUCAGAUCCAAAAGACUGAAAUUUCCUUUCGCCCGAACGACCCCAAGAGCUAUGAGGCAUAUGUGCUCAACAUCGUUCGGUUCCUGGAGAAGUACAAGGAUUCGGCCCAGAAGGAUGAAAUGAUUUUUGAAGACUGUGGCAACGUGCCCAGCGAAAUCAAGGAACGGGGAGAAUUCAACAACGAGCGGGGCGAGCGGAAAGUCUGCAGGUUCAAGCUGGAGUGGUUGGGGAAUUGCUCCGGAAUAAACGACGAGACUUACGGCUACAAAGAGGGCAAACCGUGCAUCCUCAUAAAGCUCAACCGGGUUCUGGGCUUCAAACCUAAGCCUCCCAAGAAUGAGUCCUUGGAGGCUUACCCAGUGAUGAAGUACAGUCCCUACGUGCUGCCCGUCCAGUGCACUGGCAAGCGAGACGAAGACAAGGACAGAGUCGGCAACGUGGAGUACUUCGGCCUGGGCGGCUACGCCGGCUUCCCGCUGCAGUACUACCCCUACUACGGCAAACUCCUGCAGCCCAAGUACCUGCAGCCGCUGCUGGCCGUGCAGUUCACCAACCUCACCAUGGACACCGAGAUCCGCAUCGAGUGUAAGGCGUACGGGGAGAACAUCGGGUACAGCGAGAAGGACCGUUUCCAGGGACGCUUCGAUGUAAAAAUUGAAGUUAAGAGCUGAUCACAAGCACAGAUCUCUCCCACUAGCCGUUUCAAAAGUUAAAAAAGAUACAGAAACAAAAACCUACUAGUCUUGAAUAAACUGUCGUACGUAUGGGACCCACACUUCAUCUAUACGCUUUACACUAGCUUUCUGCAUUUAAUAGGUUAGAAUGUAAAUUUAAAGUGUAGCAAUAGCAACAAAAUAUUUAUUCUACUGUAAAUGACAAAAGAAAAAUAAAAAUUGAGCCUUGGGACGUGCCCAUUUUUACUGUAAAUUAUGAUUCCAUUACUGAGUCGUAGUAAGCAGUGUUUCUGGCCCCUAAGUAUUGCUGCCUCGUGUAUUUGAUUUCGUGUACAGCGCUGUAGGUACACACUGGUCAUUUUCCAAGCCAUGUUUUAUUGUGUCUGUUUUCUACUUCAUGUGAGCAAGGUUUGCUGUCCACGGUGUAAAUACUCAAUGGGAAUAAAACUGGCAUGGUACUUUUUUUUUUUUUUUUUUUUUUUUUUUGGUUCAGCUCUUUCAAAGAUAAUGGCCCAUCGAUGAGCAUUUUUAACACACUCCAUAGUCUCUUCCUGUGGUGUUAGGUCUUUUUCCUUUUUUCUUUUUUUCCUGGGGCUGGGGGUGGGGGGCUGUCAUGGGGGAACUGCCCUUUAAAUUUUAAGUGACACUACAGAAAACACACAAAGGUGAUGGGUUGUGUCGUGCUGUGUACUGAAUGCUGUCUUGCCGUCUCUGCCCUGGUCCUCCGGUAUGUUCUGAAGCCGCCUGUCACUUGGGCAACGUGACAGGGCGAACUCAUUUGCUUUGUACAUUUCCUUUUACUUUCUUCCUUUCUCUGGAGGCAUCACAUGCUGGUGCUGUGUCUUUAUGAAUGUUUUAACCAUUUUCAUGGUGGAAGAAUUUUAUAUUUAUGCAGUUGUACAAUUUUAUUUUUUUUCUGCAAGAAAAAGUGUAAUGUAUGAAAUAAACCAAAGUCACUUGUUUGAAAAUAAAUCUUUAUUUUGGACUUUAUAAAAAGCAAUGCAGUACCCCAUAGACUGGUGUUAAAUGUCGUCUACAGUGCAAAACCCAUGUUCUAACAUAUAUAAUAAAUGCCGGGAGUACAGUGCUCUUGUUGACCUUGUAUUCAGUCAGGUUCAAACAACGGACAAUAAAAGAAUGAACACAUC